GAAAGUCAGUCCCUUUUUGAAUCUUUGCAAGAGCGUAUCAAACACAAACACAAAAAUGUAUAAGAUAUUAUUGCUUAUUGUGCUCAGCAUUAUGACAUAUGAAAUUGCUAGUUGCGAUGAAGAUGCUCAUUUAUGCCGUCAGCUUGAGACUGUGAAUUAUACAGAAACGGUUACUAGGCCCAUAGAGGACUAUGGAAGCUUUGCCAAAUAUUUCAAGGAACUGAGAAUAUCUGCAGGAAAAAAAAACGUGACCCUAACCAAAUUAGAAGAAAAGGAAGUGUGUUGUCCAGGCUUCGAAAAAUCCUCCGACGAAAAAUGUGUGCCCAUCCCACCGACAACAACAAUGGAAACAACAUCGACUACAAAAACUAAACAUUUAACCGAAUCUGAAUCAUCAUCUCUCCAAACGCAUUCGACUGGCCAAGAAAAUGCGGUCAAGCCUGUGACGAAAUCAAUUAAUAUCCCCAAAUAUCUGAUAUUUGCUAUUUGUAUAGGAAUUGGAGCUCUAAUAAUUGUUAUUGCUGUUGUGAUUACUUUGCGUAUUCGCCAAAAGCGACGAUUAAGAUUUUAUACUGACAGCCGCAUAGUGAAAUUUAAUUGUGAUAUGCAAUCAGCUUUAUUGUAGAACUUGAGUUCAAAAUAAAUUCACAAAUAAAUUAUAU